AGCGCUGACGUAAAUGAUAUGCUCCUACCAAACACUUCGCAUUGCUACAUAGCUUGUCCUAAUGUCUUCAGGGCGACCCUCUCCAAUCAUAUGCAUUUGUGGUCUACGCUGCGGGGACUGCUAGUGUCUGAUGAUAUGUGUUUUACUCGACACUGGAGCACUGUCGAUUUUUAUCAGUCUUGUCGCUUACCAAGGUUCUGCCAUUGUUCCACCCUCUCAGGUUGGGUUCAAACUUCGUUUCUCCCCUACAUAAUGAUAUUACGUUGGUUGCCCAUGCCAGUGAAGGUUGAGAGCCGGAAUUGCUCGUGCUUGUCUGGGACCCUAUUAAAGUGUGCCAGGUCUUAGAUCUUUAUACCAGGUCUGUUUGCAACAGCCGUUCGUCGUUGUCUUACCGCUGUAGCUGUUUCGACCAUGUCGUUAUCCCCCCAGUUCAUGGAAGACCUCUGGGUGCGGAGGUCAUUCUCUGCAGCAGGCCAUACGCUACUAGUCUACGACUACCUCCUAACUUUCAGAGAAGAAUUCGUUUACAUCUGGAACGCCCCCUGGACAUAUGUCAAAAUCCUGUUUCUUCUGAGCCGGUAUGGGAACCUUAUUGGACAGACGGCCAUCCGGCUAGAAGAGGCUGGUAUCCUCGCCCAUAAUUCUCAAAAGUUCUGUCAACGCUUCGCAAUCUUUACCACUUGCUUUAUGUUUGUAUCCACCGAGUCGAUCCACAUCCUCGUACUCGUGCGUGCAUGGGCUAUCUGGGGAACUCGAAAGCGUGUAGCGAACAUCCUCGGAUGGAGUUACGUGGGCUACAUCAUUAUGCUGUUGGCUGGCUCAGCGUCGAAUUUACACUACGAUAAUACUCAGUUUGAGUUCCUCGACGUGAUUCAUGUUUGCACAGCCAAAAUGCCUAAAUAUGUGUGGUUGAUUUAUGUCGGAAGCUUCAUCCUCGAUACAGUCCUCUUCGUCUUGACGAUGCGAAGUCUUCGGAUAUACUCUAGGGAAUUUCAGCGACUCUACCCAUCUACUCUCCUCCAUAUACUUUUUCGAGACGCGACCAUGUUUUUCAUCGCUAGUAUAUUCAGUAAUGCAUUGACCGUCACUUCUUGGACUGCAUUCGGGAACAAUCCAAAAUAUUUCCUUGGUAAAGGGUUCGCGACUCCGUUACUUUCAGUAGUUGGCCAGCGCCUAGUCCUGAACCUUCGAGGUCUUCAAACGCGUUCCUACACAACCCGCGAUCUCAGUCGUGAAGUGGACCGGCAACUUCAAGCAUUUGCUGAGGCGGGCUCUCCAGGUCUGGAUAAUGUGGAAGAGAUGGAAGACGUAGUAGAGAUGGAAGUUGUGCAGGAGUAGGCGAGUAUUGGAAAUAUGGUUUCAAGGUUGACUUGGUAACCGUCUGUUAUAGGCUGUUGUUCUGUACCAAGAUGUUUUUUUGGAAGUCGAUCGAACAUGGGCCAUUGCAAUGUGCUCGCCUUUGUUUGAGAAUUUCCUUUGCGUUUCCUAUGCCCCUUCUAAAUAUCUGUCUAUAUUCUGUAUCUGUAUCAGGUGUAUCCUUCAAUCGUGGUGACUAUCUACGACUGGGUGUAUGUAUGUACUAGUGAUGGACUCAUGAGUAGCUAGCCUGCCUUGUAACUCUUCUGUAGUUCUGCAAUCUUCUGUAUAAUGGUAAUCCGAUGGUCGCGGACCAGUCUACCAUGCUUUUAUACCACUAAAAAAUAUUGACAG